UGUUAGAUUCGCCCCGCAGGGAUAGCAGCCGAACUGGCCGCGAACGGUCUUUGCACUGGCCACAGGCAGGCGCCCCCCGGGGGCGAGAAGCUGCCCUAAGCAUGGAACUACAGGUUACUCUAAAUGUGACUUUCAAAAAUGAAACUCAAAGCUUUUUGGUUUCGGAUCCAGAAAAUACAACUUGGGCUGAUGUUGAGGCUAUGGUAAAAGUUUCAUUUGAUCUGAACACUAUUCAAAUAAAAUACUUGGAUGAGGAAAAUGAAGAGGUAUCCAUCAACAGUCAAGGAGAAUAUGAAGAAGCUCUUAAGAUGGCAGUUAAGCAGGGAAACCAACUGCAGAUGCAAGUCUAUGAAGGGCACCAUAUUGUUGAUGAAGCCCCACUUCCAGUUGUUGCAGAAAAACGGACAGUUGCCAGGCCAGGGAAGAAGCCACUUGCACAUUAUUCUUCACUAGUGAGAGUUUUGGGAUCAGAGAUGAAGACUCCAGAGGAGCCAACAGUACAGUCAUUUCCACUUGCUCCUUGUGACAGAAACCAGCCUCAAGAUAAACCCCCAGACUGGUUCACCAGCUAUCUGGAAACAUUCAGAGAGCAAGUGGUUAAAGAAACAGUUGAGAAGCUUGAACAGAAAUUACAUGAGAAGCUUGUCCUCCAAAACCCACCAUUGGGUUCCUGUACCUCAGAAGGCUCAAUGCCUGUUUCAGAGGAAACCCUGUUUUUUCCAGAAAAUCAGUUCAGCUGGUAUAUUGCUUGCAGCAACUGCCAAAGAAGGAUUGUUGGUGUGCGCUACCAGUGUAGCCUGUGCCCAUCCUACAACAUUUGUGAAGAUUGUGAGGCAGGACCAUAUGCCCAUGACACUAACCAUGUCCUGCUGAAGUUACGGAAGCCCAUUGUGAGUUCUUCUGAAUCAUUUUCUCAUUCAAAGUACUCUACUCCUCGACUCCCUGCUGCUCUGGAACAAGUCAGGCUCCAGAAACAGGUUGAUAAGAACUUUCUUAAAGCAGAAAAGCAAAGGUUACGAGCUGAGAAGAAACAGAGGAAAGCUGAAGUCAAAGAACUUAAAAAGCAGCUAAAACUCCACAGGAAGAUUCAUCUGUGGAAUUCAAUUCAUGGACUCCAAAGCCCUAAGUCCCCUUUGGGCCGACCUGAGAGCUUGUUGCAGUCCAAUACCCUGAUGCUCCCUUUGCAGCCCUGUGCUCCAGUUAUGCCAACGCUCAGUGCUGCAUUUGUGGAUGAGAACUUGCCUGAUGGGACUCACCUUCAACCAGGAACUAAGUUUAUCAAACACUGGAGAAUGAAAAACACAGGAAAUAUAAAGUGGAGUGCAGAUACCAAGCUCAAAUUCAUGUGGGGAAACUUGACUUUGGCAUCUACAGAAAAGAAGGAUGUUUUGGUUCCAAGUUUGAAGGCUGGCCAUGUGGGCAUUGUGUCUGUGGAGUUCAUCGCCCCAACCUUAGAGGGAACAUACACUUCCCAUUGGCGUCUUUCUCAUAAGGGCCAACAGUUUGGCCCUCGGGUCUGGUGCAAUAUCAUAGUAGAUCCUUUUCCUUCCUCGGAGAACUCUGAUAACAUUGAAAGGAGCAUGAUUAGCACAAGCAAAACUGGUGAUGUCACCUGCCAGCAAGAGGAAAUGUUUCCCCUAGAAAAAGAAGAAAAUGAAGUGACUCUGCAGUCAGAAGGAACAGGAACCAGCAGCACAUCAAAGACAAAGAGUGUUGCCAGUGAGAGAGAGCUCUACAUCCCAUCCGUAGACCUCCUGACCGCCCAGGACCUGCUUUCCUUUGAAUUGUUGGAUAUAAACAUUGUCCAAGAGUUGGAAAGAGUGCCCCACAACACCCCUGUGGAUAUGACUCCCUGCAUGUCUCCUCUGCCACAUGACAGUCCUUUAAUAGAGAAGCCAGGCUUGGGGCAGAUACAGGAAGAGAGUGAAGGGGCGGGAUUUAAAGCACUUCCUGUAUCCACAAAGAAGGUUGAGAACACUGCUUCUGUGGAGGAAGGAGAAGAAGACCUUAGUGGGACCCAGUUUGUUUGUGAGACUGUAAUCCGAUCCCUUACCUUGGAUGCUGCCCCAGACCACAAUCCACCUUGCAGACAGAAGUCCUCCCUGAGAGAAUUAAACCAGCAUUCCACAGAGGAACAGCAAACAAUUAUGCCUGAACUCUGCAGAAAGGAAUCCUCCUUGAAAUUUGCAUUGCCUGAAGAGGGACCACUUGGAGAUGAGAGAGAAGAGAUUGUCCAUAUUGCUGAGGAAGAAAUCGUUGUGGAGGAAGAAGAGGAACUCAAGGAUGAAGUUCAGAGUCAGUCUUCUUCGUCCUCAGAAGAUUACAUCAUCAUCCUGCCUGAGUGCUUUGAUACCAGCCGUCCCCUGGGGGAUUCCAUGUACAGCUCUGCACUCUCGCAGCCUGGCCUCGAAAGAGGAGCUGAAAGCGAGCCUGGAGUUGAGGCUGGUCAGGAACCGGCUGAGGCUGGGGAGAGACUCCCUGAAGGGGAGAGCCAGCCACAAGAGCAGAAUAUCAGUGAUAUCCUCAUGACCUCACAGACUCUGGAAACUAUGCCCCUAAUCCCAGAGGUUGUGGGGCAUCCACCACUGCUGCCCAGGAGCCCUCCUUGUGUACAACAUGGUUCCCUGGGAGUGGAUUUACCAGUUACCAUACCAGAAGUUUCUUCAGUCCCUGAUCAGAUCAGAGGAGAGCCCAGAGGCUCAUCAGGACUUGUACACAGCAGACAGAAGAGCUAUGAUCACUCAAGACACCAUCAUGGGAGCAUUGCUGGAGGACUGGUGAAGGGGGCUUUGUCUGUUGCUGCCUCUGCAUACAAGGCCCUAUUUUCUGGGCCACCAGUCACUGCACAGCCAAUAGUUUCUGAAGACCAGACAGCAGCUCUGAUGGCCCAUCUCUUUGAAAUGGGAUUCUGUGACAGGCAGUUGAAUCUAAGGCUGCUGAAGAAACAUAAUUACAACAUCCUGCAAGUUGUGACAGAACUCCUUCAAGUCAACAAUAAUGACUGGUACAGCCAACGCUACUGAGGAGUGACCUUGCAUUAAGUAACUGCCUGCUGCUUAGAGAUGAUUUUUAUUUGUCAUUGGGGGAUGGAGUAGAGACCCUUGAUUAUUUUUUAAUCUGAAAAAUCUAUAUAGAACCCAUCAUUGAAUUAUCAAGACACUACCAGUUAUAGUAUUUUUUGGAGCAAAUCAAAGACCACAACCUAAAUUUUUACUUUAGGAAUUAGAUGAGUAGUAGGAAGACAGUUUUUCAAUCAAUUUGGAUAAAACUCCUUUCUCAGUACAUUGAGGAGUGUAACUUUGACUUUCUGUAGGACCAUUGUUUUCCACUUGUAUUGAAGUUGGGUAUUCUUUGUUGGUUCAUGUGGAUGUUUUUAACGAGAUAGCUAUUAAAUGUCAGGUGUUUUUUUUCUUUUUUUAGAAAUUAGCCUUGGAAGUUAUGUUUAAGAAUUUUCAUAAUUUCUGUAACCAACCCCAAUCCUCAUAGGCAUAUGUCAUUGAAAAGACACCAGAGCAAGACAGAAAUAUUGCCACUCUCUUUCUCAAGAACAAACUCAUUUUCCUGCAGGACUUUGUAAGAGCACCUUGUUUCCUAGAGACUUCAUUGGUGCAUCUCAGUAUCUACCUUGCAAGAAUCUCAAAAGUCUGAGACAGUAUGCACCUGUUGAGCAGUGUCUUGUAGUCAUUUUGCAUAUAUUUUUCUUUUAUUUAAGGACAAAAACUUUAGGUAGUGUGAAAUAUUUUGCUGAUCUUAUAAAGAAAAAAAGUAUUACAUAAAGGGAAAGAGGAAUUUAAUAGUCACCUGUUUUCUAAAUGUCAGGGAAGAUCUUAUUUUAUAGUAGAGUGGGGGAAAUAGAAACCAGAAAUGCAAGCUGGCUCUUAUGUUAAUGUUCAGAAGUGUGGCACAGGAAAUGCUGUUGACUUAUUGAAUGUUUGGAAUCCAUUCAGAGAGACAUCUAGCCCUAGAAGUGUAGCUGCUGCUUGAACAACUUAGAUGGGGGCCAACUCACGGAUAAGUUUGGAUUAGCCCUAGAGAAUUGAGUGGAAGGAGCUGCUUCUAGGAGCUCAGUUGCUUCUAUUUGCAGAAAGGAAGUGUUGGACUCAUUGGUAUGGGAAAAGGUAACAGAAAAUUAAACUUUUUAUUCAUGAAAGUGGCUUUCAGAAAAGAUUAAAAAAAAAAAACUCCAGCUGGAGGGGAAAAGAUAGUUAAAAUAGUAUUAUUUAACCUGGUCGGUAUUUAUAAUGAAUGGCGAUUUUAAUUAGUCAUAAUGUUUAUUUACAGUAUAACUCUCGAAUGCUACUUAAAUAAACCAGAAUUCAGACCGCAA